AUGACCUUCUACUUGUUUUCAGCAGGUAAGAAGAGUCCACCUGUUGAGGACAAAGUUGUGUUAACACACAUGAAGAUUCUGAGCAAUGAAGGAAUUCAAAACCCAGGGUUAAUUCCAGAGGCUCCAGCCGACACAGCCUGCACAGAGGAGUCCCAUCUUCCCGGUGCCAGUGUCCCACCAGACUGCUUGGGAGGUCCAGGUGCAGCAGCCACGGCAGCAGAUGCGGAUGGCCCGGCAAGCAGUGACUGCGCAGCCGCCCUGCCUGACCCCAGCGCCCUCGGGUCCAAGUGCCGGCUCCACAGAUUCUCCAAAUUCGAAUCUGAGGACUCGGGGGUUGAGUUGCCAAGUGGUGCUAAUUCUCCAUCAACGCCUACAGGCUCAGAGAAGAGCUUUGUGCUUCACAGCAGAGACCCAUUUUGUGACUCGGGUGUGCUCAGCACCUCUUCUUCUCCAGAAAUUGACCAUCAGUUAAUGAGAACAUGUAAAGAACAUGCCAGGAAAGUUAGCCUACAAGAUCCAGAGAGCAAAAAGCAAGAUGAUUACUACAGUCAGGAGGCAGAUGCUGUGCAGGAUCCUACACCUUCCCUUGAAGACUUCAAUGACGCUCAGGAAGAAAGUCCUGAUGAACAUUUUCACCAGGAUGACAAGCAGUCUCCAGAAAAGGAACCUGCUGCAGAGAUGGACCUUUCCAGAGAAAGCACUCUUUCCACACCAGGUCCCAUAGAAGAGCCAAAGACAAUUGCUGACAAUUUUCCAGAGAAUUUUGGCAGCAUGCAAGACCUUCAGAUCCAUGAACAUCAGCUGAAGAAGUGCCCCACAAGUGACAGCCUGGAUGAAUACAUGGAUGAAUGCUGUAGACUGAGUGAGGUGAACCAAAGUAACAGCAAAGUGCUGGGAUCUGGUCUGGGAUACCUAGAACACAUCUGCCAACUGAUUGAGAAGAUUGGGCAGCUUCAGGAGCACAACCUGCGUCUCCAAAAACAAGUGUGCAGGUUGCAGAAAGAGCAGAAGAUGAGUCAGAUAAAGAGCGUCAUUGUUCCCCUGGUGCUGCUCUCCCACCUGCUGGGACUGGAUCUGCAGUAG